GAGGGGAAAAUUCGCAGAGAAAAAUCCCAAAAUCGAACAAACGAAAGUCAAUUUGGCAAUGGAGGUUCCAGGUUCAUCGAAGAAGAUGAUUGCAACACAAGAAGAAAUGGUGGAGAACAAAGUGCCAUUAGCAUAUAGGGAUCAGUGCGCACACCUUUUGAUCCCUUUGAACAAGUGUCGGCAAUCGGAAUUUUAUCUUCCAUGGAAGUGCGAGGAUGAGCGCCAUACAUAUGAGAAGUGUGCGUAUGAGCUUGUUAUGGAACGGAUGCUUCAGAUGCAGAAGAUCCGUGAAGAGGAAGCACGAAUGAAGCAAAAGGGACAUCAAUCCAUUCCUCUCAUUCCUAAGACUGCUAAUGCCUAGUUUUUUUUCCCAUCAUCUAGGGAGAUGAAAAAAUUGCCAAUGUCUCCAGAAACCAAGAGAAUUAUCAAAUACUAGUUGGUGGAUUUGUAUUUGAAGUUGAUUUCUGUUGAGUGAUAAAGAUGGUGUGGACUAUUUGUAACCUCUACCUGAAUGCAAAUAAUGUUUUCUCAUCAACAGUUUUUAUGCUAUUCUAAAACCAGUUUGAUGAUUUUUGCUU